UUUGGUUUGUUAAAAAUGGCAUCAAAAUUGUUGAAAAUUUCGAAAAAUUUCACGGCCAUUUCUCAACGGCUCAAGUGCUCACACAGUGCUGAUUUUCAAGCUGCACUUUCGAGUUUAAAUUCACCAACCGAAUUAACUGUUGCCAACAACAAUUUGAGAGUUGCAUCACAAUCGUCGGAUUCAGAAAUAACUACCGUUGGAUUGUUUAUUGAUGCUGGCUCACGUUAUGAGGAGGCAAGCAACAAUGGUGCCGGUAAUUUGGUUCAUCGUUUACUCCUAAAAGGCACCACCAAACGUGCACAAGCCGAUUUAGAAUCAGAAAUCUCCAGUUUGGGAGCACGGAUAUAUUCAUUUACGUCUCGUGAACGAAGCGCACUUUAUGGAACCUGUUUGACGAAAGACGUACCAAAACUUGUUGAGAUUCUAUCCGAUGUUAUCCAAAAUCCAAAACUCAGUGCUGAUGACAUCAAUAAGUUGCGUAAUGACAUUUUACGCGAAUCUAGUGAUGUGGAAGCCAACGUUGAAGAUGUUGUAUUCGAUUAUUUGCAUGCCGUUGCAUACCAAGGCACUCCAUUGGGCCAAACUGUAUUAGGUACUCAAGAGAAUAUCAAAUCACUUUCAUCGAGCGAUUUGAAAUAUUACAUUGAUACACAUUUCAAAGCAUCGCGCAUUGUUUUGGCCGCCGCUGGUGGUGUUAGCCACAAAGAAUUAGUUCAAUGUGCUGAACAAAAUCUUGGAAAAUUGGACAACACUUUUGAUGGCGAAGCACCGGUUUUGUCAAGAUGCCGUUACACUGGAUCGGAAGUUCGUCUCCGUGAUGAUUCACUUCCAUAUGCUUACUUCGCAUUGGCCGUUGAAGGACCAGGAUGGAGUAGCCCAGAUCGUAUUCCUUUGCUUAUUGCUUCUACUGCAAUUGGCGCAUUUGAUCGGUCUCAAGGAAACUUCGAAGAUGCAUACGAGCUUUGUCACAACUACAAAGCCUUCAAUACUACAUACAGCGACACAGGAUUGUUUGGCGUUUAUAUAGUAUGCGAACCAAUGCAAUGUGAUGAAAUUUCAAGAAGUGCUUUGAAAACAUGGCACCGGAUCGCAAACUCCAUUACUGAUGCCGAGCUUGAUCAAGCCAAAAACCGUUUGAUUACACAAUUGUUGAGCCAACAAAGCAGUUCAAAGGGAAUUUGUGAAGAUAUUGGAAACUCAAUUUUGUCAUUGGGUCGUCGGGCCCCAUUGGGUGAAGUGGUUGCUUCCAUUCAAAAUAUUUCAAAUCAAACGGUGCGUGAUGUCACCGACAAAUACACAAGCAACAAAUGUCUAGUCGUUUCAGCCGUCGGUCCAGUUGAACAGCUUAUGGAUUAUGUUAACCUCCGUGCAAGAAUGUAUUUGACUCGUCUAUAAGGCGUAUUAAUUUGCGAAUGUAAAUAGUCUUUAUUGAUUGUUGAUAUUCUUUCGAAAUAAUCAACCAAAUUGAGAAAAGUGUAAUAUCAAAUUUACAAAAAAAAAAAACGAAAUUUAAUUUCAAACCAA